UACACACAGAGGAAACCCUGUUUUUUUUGGGGGGGGAGGGAUACAUUUUAAAGGCUGGAGAGAUGGCUUGGUGAUUAAGAGCACUGGCUGCUCUUCUAGAGGACCCAGGUGUAUUUCCAGAACCUACAGGGCUCACAACUAUCUGUAACUCUAGUCCCAAGAAAUCUAACCCUUUUCUAUCUUCCAAGAGCACCAGGUACACACUUGGUGCAUAGACAUAUAUGCAGGCAAUACCCUCAUACACAUAGAAUUUAAAAACAAAACAUUUUUUAAGCUUCCAAAAGCUUCCAAACUGCUGAGAGAUGGCUCAGCAGUUACAAGUGCUUUCUUGUCAAACUGGGCAGUGGUAGCACACUCCUUUAAUCCCAGCACUCAGAAGACAGAGGCAGGUGGAUCUCUGUGAGUUUGAGGCCAGUCUGGUUUACAGAGUGAGUUCCAGGACAGCCAGGGCUACACAGAGAAACCCUGUUGAAAGUGCUUCUCAAUCCUGAAGCCUAGAGUUCAGAUCGCAGCACCAUGGGCAAGUCUACAAAGGCCUGUACCCCCAGCUUCAAGAGAGACACAAGAAAAUUGCUGUUGGAUUCCAGCCUAACCAACAAUGCAAAAGCUGGGAUCCAGGUUUAGAGAGAGACAUUGUCUCAAAGAAACAGGCAGUGAUAGAGGAGGCUGCCCUCCCCUGCACAUUCCAGGGUGCACACACCCACUCAUAGACUCACAAACACACUAAGAGGGAAAGAUCACCCACACAUUCCACAUCAAACUGGUCUAAAAUGUAAGACACUGAAAAAUAAAGGGGGCUGCCUUAAUGGACAGGCACUUACUUGAGCAAGAAGACCCAAGUUUGGAUCCCCAGAACACACAAAGGCUGAGCAGGUGGGGCAUCCACCUAUAACCCUAGCUCUCAGGGAGUUAAGCUGGCUAGCUAAAACUAGAUCAGUGAGCUCUGGGUUCAAUGGAGAUACCCUGCCUCAGAUUUUCUGAGGAAGAUAUCCAGUGUUAGCUUCAGGCUUCCCUAGGAAUGCGAGCGCGCGCGCGCACACACACACACAUAAAAUUAUCUUGUAACCUUCCCCCCUUAAAAGGGCAAAACAAAGGGCUUCCAGGUUAUAAAGAAUCUGAACUGGAGAACAAAUCGUCACCCUAGAAGUCUCACUCUCACACCCGAAAGCCCGCCCCCACACAAGAGGCUGGGCUUUUGGGCAAACCUGCUCCUUGGGAGGGGAGGUAGCAAAACCUGUUUGAAGAUGAGGUUACCUCCCUUCCACACCUCCUGCUCCUUAGAGGCAAGAACAACAGCUGAGAAAGAAAAGGAGUGGUGGGGGCCAGGACCACAGCCUCCUACCCUUCGUAAAGUGUUCACAGAACACAGGACGACUGGUGAGGAUGGGAACUAUACAAGAAACAGGAAAAAAGUCAUUAGAAGUAGGGUAAGUAAUGGCUUGGCCUGAUGAGGAGGAGAGAGGGCGUUUCCUACCACCCAAGCCUUCCCUGGGUUCCUCGAGGAAGAGCAUGGCAAGAAGGAAUUCAGGGACAGGGUGGUUUGGGGCAGGAAAGUAAUAUAGUAUGGAGCAAUUCCAUGGUUUAAAGUUCCUAUCUUAUAUCUGACAGACCACCACUCUCUCUCUCUCUCUCUCUCUCUCUCUCUCUCAUCUAAGCACCACCCUCUAGAAUGGCCAUUAGGAAACCUGGCUCAGAAGGGAGUUUCUACCCCUGUUCUGCUUCCCAGUGAAUCUCCUUUCUCCCCUGUCCUUGCCUGCUGUGCCAUAUUUUCCCAGUGCAGUAGAAAGGCAGGGCAGACUGGGUGCCAUCUGCUGCUGCUUUGCAAAAGGUUAACUGGGCAGGUCUGGGUUCCAGCCAGCUGUGAUGUGGGAUGCCUUCUACACUACCAUAGAGGCAAAGCGGUUACGGGAUGGCCCUUCCCCUUUGCUAAGCUCAGCAGCAGGUGAGCUGUUUCAGUCAAGUGGAAAAGGUAGAGAAGGUAGAAAAUCUGUAGACAUAGACGAAUGCCCUCUGCGACAAGUUCUUCACGACAGUGUCUGCCACCUGCUGUCUGGCUCCCUUAGGAUACUGUCCAGGUUGUCUCAUGAUCAUUUCUCCUGGGGGGGGGCUGAUGUCAGGGCUGGGGAGAAGGCAGGAGUCACAGAGCCAGGAGCAGCCCUGAGACUUGAAGAGCUGGAACUGAGGGAGGAAUGGCAAGAUGAAGAGUUCCCCAGAUUGCUUCCUGAGGAGGCUGGCCCGGCUGGAGAUCCCGAAGACCCUCAGACAGACUCCCAGGCAGGUACCCCCAGCACUCUGGCCCUGUGUGGCCAGCGUCCUAUGCGAAAGCGUCUUUCUGCCCCAGAAUUGCAGCUGAAUCUGACUGAGGGAACAGGAGAAACUGGAGCUUCUCCCACCCACUCCGAGUCUUCCUCUUCAGAUGGCAGCUUGGACCUGGAGGUGGAUGAGUUGGAGACACCUUCAGACUCCGAGCAGCUUGACAGUGGACAUGAAUUUGAAUGGGAAGAUGAUUUGCCUCGGGCAGAGGGCCUGGGAGCCAGUGAGGCAGCUGAGCGGCUGGGCCGGGGUUGUGUGUGGGAUGUGGCUGGAGAGGACGGUCAUCGCUGGAGAGUGUUCCGAACUGGGCAGCGAGAGCAGCGAGUGGACAUGACCACCAUCGAGCCCUAUAAGAGAGUGCUGUCUCAUGGAGGUUACCAUGGUGAUGGCCUCAAUGCUGUCAUCCUCUUUGCUUCCUGCUAUCUACCCCGAAGCAGCAUUCCCAACUACACCUAUGUCAUGGAACACUUGUUCAGCACAUACCUUCCCUGCAAUGCUGUUCCCCAGGUAUAUGGUGGGGACUUUGGAGCUGCUGGUAGCUGAAAAUUACCUGCUUGUUCACCUGAGUGGAGGCACAAGCAGGGCCCAGGUGCCACCUCUGAGCUGGAUACGCCAGUGUUACCGGACCUUGGAUAGGAGGUGAGACCCGGGACAAGAGGGAUGUGGCUCUCUGCUAUAUCUUUCCCAUUUUUCCUAUCAUUUUCUUCUUUCAUUUGAUCCCUUUCUUGUUUCCCUUUUUCUUUUCUGAGAAUGACUUGCUGUCUGGCUCAUGUUGUCCUCAAAUUCAAGGUUCUCUUGCCCUAGCCUCUCAGAGUUCUGGGGUCACUUGCCUGAGUCGCCAUACCCAGCUCCCUUCUUCUUUGUUUGCCCUUCUGCAUCCCCUCAGAAGCAUCUCCCGUUGUGUCCUGUACAGUCAGGGACAUCUAGCCCUUAGGACUUAGUAGCUACACUUUGGACAUGUCACUUAGCUUUCCUGGUCAGAUUCCUUGUGAAUUCCCAUGGAUGUUACCUGGCACUUUCCCUUUUCCCCAGUCUUGGCCCUUCCUUUCCGUAUCUCCACUGCUUUCGCUGCCUCUUCCUUCAUUCCGGGUGUGUAACUCAUUCCCCACUCCCGAGACAGAGACAGGUGGAUCUCAGUGAGUUUGAGGCAACAAACAACAACAAAAAAUCAUCCCCCCUCAUCGUGUUCCUUUUUUCUCCUUUGUUUCCUCAUCACUUGUU